ACUUCAAUAACAUCUGCCAAAAUCCAAGUGAAUGGAGUCCACCUGCAUUAUCAGCAGACAGGAGAAGGAAGCCAUGCAGUUCUUCUGCUUCCCGGAAUGCUAGGGAGUGGUCAAACCGAUUUUGGACCACAGCUUAAGUCUAUGAAUAAGAAACUUUUCACAAUUGUUGCUUGGGAUCCUCGGGGAUAUGGACAGUCCAUUCCUCCAUCUCGAGACUUUCCUCCAGAUUUCUUUGAGAGGGAUGCAAAAGAUGCUGUGGAUCUUAUGCAGGCACUGAAAUUUAAGAAGUUCUCUUUGCUGGGGUGGAGUGAUGGUGGAAUUACAGCACUCAUUGCAGCUGCAAAGUAUCCAACUCUUAUCCACAAGUUGGUUGUCUGGGGAGCAAAUGCCAGCGUUACUCAAGAGGAUGUGAGAAUUUAUAAUGGCAUUCGAGAUGUUUCCAAAUGGAGUGAAAAGGUCAAGAAACCACUGGAGGAGAUGUAUGGUCAUAAGUACUUUGCAAAAACCUGCGAGGCUUGGGUAGAUGGAAUAUCUCGCUUUGCUGAAAAAUCAGAUG